AUCCAUUUGUGUGGACAUCUCUCACUAGCCACAAUGCUCAACAACGUGACAGCAGUGCUGCUUGGUCUGGCAAGCAUCGCCGCGGCGCAAUACGGACCAAACGGACAAUAUGGCCCAGGAAGCAGCGGUGGGAACCCUUUCGCUGGAUCUGGAGGGGACGGUAGCAGCGGUUUCAGCGGCAGCGGGUUCGGAAACUUCGACCUGGAUGGCUUCAUGCGUCAAGGCGAGAAACGGCUCAUUGCCCACGGCGUCCUCGCAUCUCUAGCUUUUGUCAUCUUCUUCCCUAUGGGCUCCAUUCUGAUUCGACUCGGUUCGUUCCGCGGUCUCUGGAUUGUCCACGGCCUAUUCCAAAUCUUCGCGUACAUUGUGUACAUCGCCGCCUUUGGUCUGGGAAUCUACAUCGUGAGGAGCAUUCCUGUCGACAUGCUCGGGCACCACCACCCCAUCAUUGGCAUUGUCGUCUUCUGCCUGCUCUUCUUCCAGCCGAUCCUCGGGUUCCUGCACCACUAUGCCUAUAGGAAGUACGAGCGUCGUACGGUGUGGUCAUACGGACAUCUCUGGCUCGGGCGCAUCGUCAUCACCCUCGGAAUAAUCAACGGGGGGCUAGGCAUGCUUCUCGCAACCGAUACUGGCUUCUAUGCCCCAAGCACUGGACAGAAGAUUGCAUAUGGGGUUGUCGCGGGCGUCAUGUGGCUGGCUUGGGUGCUGUCUUCCGUCAUUGGCGAACGGAGGAGGGCUCGCGCGCAUCGGUCUGUGGAAUCGCGCGCCAAGGGACAGUACGCUUAGUGGUUGCGCGACAUGGGAAAAUGGAGUAGAAGUUUGUGUUGCAGAAGCUGGUAGGAACCCGUGUUGGAAUAAAUCGGUGGCAUGUCAUUGCGGUGAAACAUAUGAGUCCAUGUCCGUUGUUGUGGACCCGAGUACACGGGCAUCGGGAAAAACGGCAGCUGUGGUUAUUGUACAUAUGUAGCCGAUUGUUGUAUAUUUACAAACUGUAUCAUCUGCAACAAGUAUUCUCGAACCCUAUACGCACCAUGUCAUUUCCCGCGCGUGAUAUUUCCCGCUGUGGUAGCAAGCGAUUUCUUCGGCAUACCAAAGUACGUACGUCGUAACCCCUGGACAUCAGAAGAAGGCUGUGCUGCAUCACCAUAUGCAGCUCGUACGACAUAUCCAUAUACAUGUACGCAGUAUAUGGAUCUUCGAACGACUGAACAGAUCAACACCCCCCGUCGGAUGUACCCAACGUCCAUCAUCGAGCUGCCAAAAAAAAAACAGCAGAAAACAAGGCCGACUGACUUUCAACUUCAGACAUCGAUCCAUUCAUCUAGUAUCCGUCCGUUCGUUCACCUCAAC